AUGUGGUCGCUCGGCGUGGCGCUCGCGACAAUGCUCGCGGGCGCGUGUUCCGCCGCCGAGCUCAAGAGGCGCGUCGUCUCGGGCCGCUUCGAGCUGCCCAGCACAGUCUCGCCCGAGGCGUGCUCGCUCGUCGGGUCGCUCCUCUGCCUGUCGCCCGAGCAGCGCGCAGACGCACGCGCGGUGCGCGCGAGCCGUUGGCUCACGGGAGUGGACGCGAGGCUGCCGCCGCCCGGCAGUGACCCGCCCGCCGAGGGCACGCCGCUCGACGGCGAGACGAUCGCCCGCCUGGAGCAGCUCGGCUUGAGGCGGCGGGAGGUCGAGGCGUCUGUAAAGGAGCAGCUCUUUGACCACCCGUCCGCUUGCUACGAGAUGCUGCUGCUGGCGAGGUUGCGCGCGCGCCGGGAGAGCGGUGACGCCGAGGCCGUGAGCGACUUGCGCUGUGAUGUCCCCGGGUGA